AGCUGCGUCCAUGUCAAUUUAAUAUGUGUUUUGAUGGAAGAAGGCGUUUGUUUUUGUGUUUCCAUUGUUCUUAAAAUAUGGCUUUAAGUAAUAUCUUAUUGCUUAGCCAAGUGGCUGGAUAUGUGGUUGCAUUGAUCCUUUCGUUGUGCAUUGUUGUUCCAAUGAGCAUGCACCAGGAUGAGUUUCGUGGACACUGCUUACUAUUUUCCACUGGAAUUUGGCAAGAGACUGAUGGCCAAUUAAAAGUGAAUUGGGGUUCACAGGGUUACUGCAACUACACCAUUUUUGUAGGAGUAGCAUUGUUCUUAACAUCAGCAAUCCAAAUUUACAGGCUAUCCGUUUUAUUGUACAAGGGAAUUGACAGCAGUUUUUUAUCAGCUUUCAUUGAUGUAAUUUCAAGUUUAAUACUGUGUGGUGCUAUCAUAAUUGCUGCAUUGAUGAUUACACUUGGUUUUAUUGUUUGGUGUGAGAAUAUGACACAGAGAUUUCCAUCUUGUGAAUUGGCUGCAGGACAGGCUAUUGAUAAACAGGAUGGCAUAGAUACAGCCAAUUUUUAUAUUGAACUGGGAUCUGCACAAUUUGGAAUUUGGGGCUCCUUUGCGACGUGGGUUGGUCUCUGCGUGUUCGCGCUAUUGAAAAUGUGUCGCUAUCAUCAAAUUGAGAACAUGAGGGUGUCUAUGUUCAAAGAACGUCGUCGUUUGAUUUACGAGAACGGGGAAUCCCCGGGCAGUUCUUUGGGCAGGGAAUCUACAAACACGAAUUGCACUAUAACAGAGUGAUUAGAUUCAUCUAUCCUGCAUUAUCCAUUAUAUAUAGUUUAUGCUGUUCUACAUAUAUCAUUGUUAGUGCACCAGGCAAUUUAUUAUUUGUGCAGAUUUUAAUUAUUCAUUACCUUUGUUUAGUCCAUACUAAAGUAUCAUCUAGAAAUUAUACAUUAUAGCUUGAAUAAUUUAAGAAAAGAUAGUAUGUACAUAAUACGGGAAUAUGUAAUUUUUAAACAAUUUAGGAGGCAAAUCGGGCCCAAUGAAAGAGAUGGUUAGAGAAACGUGAUAAUUCUUAUAUUUAUACUCUUAAUUUUUAAUGUAUGUUUUUUAUAUAUGAUAAUCAAUCAGUGAAAUAUAUAUAUAUAUUCUACUCUCGUUAAUAUGUUGUGCCUUAAGCAAAAGUAAAGUGAGCUGGCAAAUUACGAUAUUGGUUUAAUAUUAUGAAACUUUUGUAAUUGCGAUAACUGCGCAUAUUAACUAAUAGAUGAAUCAUCAUAGUUAUUCAUAAUCGUAAUGCAUUCAAUACAGUACUUUUAUUAUGAAUUAUAACUGUUUUUAAUGGAAUUUACAAAAACAAA